AGAACACUUUAGUUAAUUAGUUCAAUAUGCGCUGAAUAUUAAAGGGCACAUCACAUUAAGUACAGUGAAAAUUCUCAUAGCAUUUAUAGUAUGUAACCAUCAGUUAUUUGACGAACGCGUUAACGUCAGAUAGUGCGUAUUUCGUAAGAUUUUCAUUUAUACAUUUUUACGUUAACCCAGUUUGUUUCACAUGGUUAUAUCAGCAUGUUGAAACAAUAAUGUAAUACGAAAUGUUUGACGUUCUGUGAUAUGUUUGUGAUAGUGUCAGGUCUUUGGAUAGUAAUUCGGUAUUUUAUAUAUUCCAUAACUCGCAAAGAUACUGCAGAAAAGGCUGUGCAAGUCGAACUCAUCAAAGAGAAACCAGUUGAAAACCACACCAGACCAUGUAGGACUUUAAAACGUGUGUCUGGGAACGAUUGCCCUUCUCAGUGUUGCCACCAAAAGACUUGUGAAGAUAAGUCUGUCUGUGUUGCAAGAACAGAAAACAAGAGACCCACCCAGUCUUGCUACAAGUCAUCAGAAUUAAUACAGACCACACAAUAUACCAAAAUGGCAGAAGCUCCAACAAAUUUUACAGAAAUUCGCAAAGCGAACCCAAUCUCUUCCAUGUGGCUGCUGAACGCUAUGAAACAACCAGCUCAGACAUCGACAAAUGAAAUGAAAGAAUGGCUUGACCAAAUUGAAGUCAAAUGGUUUGACGAAGCCAAUGCAAAUAGGGCAGCCGUUAAUGCUCAGGUGUCAGAACUGCUCACUCAGCAUUUUAUGGCUGCUUCCAAUCCCUACUCAGCGUGUAUACAUAUGAUAGAGCGAUGUCGAGACUUCUACACGGGUAAAACUACUACACUCUCGUUCUAUAUCAUGAAAGAGUUUGAGCGAUGGACACGACAUACAAAGAAGAAAAUGGACGAUCUGUUGUCACAGGACAUCCGAUUUCAUGCCUUUCACAUGGCCACCGAACGUCACAUGACAUUGUUUGAUAUGGCAGUGAAAGCAUUUAAGCUCAGACAUUUAGGUAAUGACUAUUUUCUUCCUGAAAUAAAAAAAUUCUUGGAGAAAGGAAAGCACAAAGAGGCCUGUCAUUGUGCUGGGAAGCUUGGAUUACAGGGACACUUCUCCAUGGAAGAGAUUAUACUCCCGCUGCUGCUCCAAGACAAGGUGAACCUGCUGGAAUCGUACGUGAUCGGUAACCCCGAGCAACAGAAGGCCGUGGUGCAGCUGCUUGACCACUUGUGUGACCGGGAGACAGACAUCAACAGGAUCAUCGAGUCCUCGGGGGUGCAGAAUGUGAAGAGAGACAAGAUCCAGAAAAAGACGCUGAGCAAGCUGGCAGUGAGGCUGAUGAAACUCUACCAGAUCCCUCAAGAGCACUGUCCGAACAUCUCCAAUGCCCGAGGUGUUGGAGCGCUGAAGUACCUGAUGUACAAGAGAUACAUAGAGAAAACGUUUGGAUCUGGCAGCUGGGAUGAAAUGGUGAAGAAUGCAGUGGGGGAGAAUGACUUCUUGAAGGAACAGCUGGUGGAACAGCUCAUGUGUUACAAUGAUCUCCAAGAGGCUGCCAAGUGGGCCAUGAUAUAUCACCUUGGUGAUGAUAAACUGCCCCGCCCUGUUCGAGAAGCCAAGGAGAGGAUGGCCAGUGAGCAGGCUGGAGAUGGUGCUACCGGAGGGUGGGAUGACACAGGGGGAGAGAACUGGGAUGACGACUGCUACACGGAGCAGGAUCUGCAGAAGUACUAUCAUUCCCUGAGCGUUCCACUGGAACAGAUCACGCUGGUUGACACUCGUGACAAGCUCAGCGUGUGUGUGGCCAGACUUUGUGUGCCUGGAACAGUGAUUGGCAUCGACUCGGAGUGGAGACCCGCAUUUGCAGCACAGCCUCAGAGAGUGGCCCUGAUGCAGUUUGCUGUGACGGACCAUGUGUAUCUGAUCGACUGCACUACGCUCAGGUCAACACUAACAGACCAGGACUGGGCAGACUUCACAAGGAGAGUUUUCUGUAAUGAAGACACAGUGAAGCUGGGUUACGGCCUGGAGACUGACCUAUCCAUGUUCACCAAGACAUUCCCCAGCAUGAAGGAUCCCCUGAUGAGGAUGAAGAGGGUCGUCAAUGUGGAGGACCUCAGCAAGCAGAUAUUUGGUGAUGGCCCUGUUGUUUUGGAUGAGUCUGCGUUCAUGUCUGAUGGGGAAGAUGGAGGACCUACAGGUAGUCAACAAGACAAGGGAGAAGGCUCUGUGAAACCUUAUUCUUUCUCCAAGAAGGAAGAGCGUGGCUUAAGUGAGCUAGUCAGACAGUGUCUGGGAAAACCCUUGUGUAAAGUGGAGCAGAUGUCGGACUGGGAGAAACGUCCUCUGCGGCAGGCACAGAUGGUGUAUGCAGCUCUUGAUGCGUACGUGCUGCUGGAGGUGUACACGGUACUGACGUCGCACGCACAGCAGUCGGGGCUGCAGAUCAACCUCGAGCCUCCUGUGUGUGCCAAGUGGUCGAAGCCUUCAAAAACAGACAAAAAGAAGGCCAAAGCUGCGGGGAAGAGCCUUGAACCGAGGACACUGCCAGAAGCGUCCGGCCCCGCCCAGUCCGGACCUCCAAUCACCCCCCACCAGCUGAGGGUGGUCGUGGACACCAUGCUGCAAGGCCUCGGCAAGCACCUGCGCAGUUGUGGUGUUGAUGUCAUCAUCCUAGAGGCCAACGAUGACCAUCAGAAAGCUGUAAUAAUUAGUAAGGAGCAAGGCAGGAUAGCUCUGUCUAGUGGCUACCCCUACAAGAUGAUUCGGUCCCACGUGGGAGAGGCGAUGUGCUACAAUGUUGUCUCUCAAAAGGCCGGUGAACAGGCCACGGAGGUCCUCAAACACUUCAAUGUCAAGGUCACACAGAAGGACAUUUUCAGUCGAUGUCAGGUCUGUAACGGUGAUGAGUACCUACAAAUCCCAGCCUCGGACCUGAAGAUACUUUACGACAGAAAAUUACAGCUCGAAUCUCAGAAAAGUCGAACUAAGUCAUCCAACAAUGUAGCCUCCAUGCUGGGGAACAUGUCAGCUGAUGGCGCCCACUUCCUUCAGCAAUAUGACGUGGACUGGGGCACAGUUACCGUGGCAACAAGCGGAGCACCACUUCAGGUGGAGGCCGUCCACAAGUCCAAGUUUGAGAGUGUAGAAAUGUUCUACUGUUGUGCAGACUGUGGCAAGGUGUUCUGGGAAGGAAGUCACUUCAGUCGAGUGUGUGAUCAGUUCUCUCAUGUGCUCUCUGUUGAUGAUAAUCAGACUGUGUAUGAUCGGCUUCGGAAACAGAGCAGCUAGACGACAUUCAGCCUCUCAUCCCUGGUAUCUACUUACAUACACUCAAGGAGGUAUGGAUUAUCUGCCCCUGAAUGGGGAGGGUACUGCAUCAGCUGUAUUCACCUUGAAUCAGUAAAUACAGUGUACACCUUUAUUCCUGAUGGGAGGGUUCUCAGUGAAAUUAGGGGCAGCAGGGUAGCCUAGUAGUUUAAGCAUUCGCAUUCACCCAUCAUGUCGAAGACCUGGGUUAGAUUCUCUACAUGGGUUAGAUUCUCUAAAUUAUUUAUCGGACACUGUCUGGCAACCUAAACCUUUACUGGUCAUGAAUGAAAUUUGCCGGUCAUAUCCUAUUACCAUACUGUUAGUACUCAUUUUAAAGUUAUUUUUAGCCUGGGUAUUUCCGAAACAUAACAAUUAUUGCGACCAUGAAAGCACAGCCAAGACUGUCAUUUCGCUUACCCAUGAUUUUUUUAUUUUAAUACAUGAUUAUUUACCGGACACGGUGUCCGGCUGGCUUUCAAUUUACCGGUCCCCAACAAAUU